CUGACUGUCGACGCAGGACAGGACAAAGUUUUGAUUAUUCGUGAAUAAAUAAGAAAAUGGUUGUUUAAAAUCUCAGAAUGGCGAAUAAAGCUAACCCGUUACCAUAUAUCCAGAAAAGGGAAUAUGGAAUAGUGCCCGAUCUUAAGGCUACGUUGUUUGAAAACAGGUUGAGUGCAGCGAAGAACCUGUAUCGGAAGGAUUUAAAGUGCCAUUUUGGAUGUGUAAAUGCUAUCGAGUUUUCCUGUAAUGGCGAAAUACUUGUAUCUGGUGGAGAUGACAGAAGGGUAAUGUUAUGGCAGUUUGGGCAGGCCAUUGUGGAUCGAGGCCAACCUGAGGCCAUGAAGUCGACCCACCAGUCUAACAUAUUUUGUCUUGGGAUUACUGAUGACUCGAAGAAGAUUUACUCUGGAGGCAAUGAUGAUAUGGUAAUCGUACAUGAUGUGGAGAGCAAGCGCCCAGUAGAAGUGUUAAGCCAUCAGCGCGCCGUGUGCUGCCUCAGCAUCGACCCGUUUAACGACCGUGUGGUCUCCACGGCGGGCAACGAUGGCAGACUUCUGCUCUUUGAUACUAGGCAAUCUGUUCAUGAGUCCUUGGUGAUAUCGCGCAGCAGGAAAGCCUUCCACGGUGUGAUGUUCCACCCCACGCAGAAGGACAUACUCGUGUCCGCAAACGCUAGGGAUGGAGUCGCGCUCUGGGAUCUCAAAUCGCCUAAACGCCCGUUGAUUCGCUACUCAGGCAACGGCAACGGUCCGUUCCAAAACAGCAUGUCGGUUCGCUUUAACAAAGCCGGCACGCAUGUACUGGCGCUGCGGCGGCGGCUCCCGCCAGUGCUGUACGCGCUGUAUGAGCAGGAGCCGCGUGCAGAGUUCUUCCACCAGGACUACUACAAUUCGUGCACCAUGAAGAGCUGCAGUUUCGCGGGCGAGGGUGACAAAUAUGUGCUAUCAGGGUCCGAUGAUUUUAACCUUUACUUAUGGAAAGUUCCUGAACCUGGAAGUGAAGAUGUGGUAGUGGAGAGUCCGCAUAUAGUGCUGUACGGGCACCGCUCGAUCGUGAAUCAAGUGCGUUUCAACCCUCAGUACUCUCUCAUUGCCUCGUCCGGAGUAGAGAAAAUCAUCAAGCUGUGGUCGACGAUGGAGUACCCGGCGAUGCGCGGCGAUUUGCUAGAGAGCGCCACUGGCUCGGACAAUCCGCGGGAGAUCUACGGUCAAGAUGACUAUGUGACGCUCAUGCACCUCAAUGGACAGUACAUAUCGCACAACUACGCGGACCAAUCCACGAGCGAAGACCCCCGAAUGAUGGCAUUCUUCGACUCGCUUGUGCAACGCGAGCUCGAGUGCCUCGGCGAGAGCUCAGAGUCUUCGGAAGCGGCGCAUCACACUGAUUCCUGUGAGGAAGAGGCGCAUCUACUAGCGGACUUCCUGCCGCUCGUACUGCCGCCUAAAAUAAGGAUAAGUAACAGCGCAAGCCGCAGUCAAAGGGGUCCAAAUAGGCUGGCGCGGUUGGUAGCGUCGCGCUAUCCAAAGAAUUCACGUGAAGCCCAGAAAAGAGGCACAGUCAGACGCAGCAAGCACCUGGACCGGCGGGCGUUGCUCAGCAAGUUCAAGAUGCUGCCGACGCGCGCGAGCGCCAAGGGCAAGCAGAGGUCGAGCGGGUCGUCGCGACGCGCUCCGCGGGGACUCGAGAACGGGCCGCGGUCUCGCUUGGUGCGGUGCGCUCGCGCCGGGCCGGCGGCGGCGGCGGCGGCGGCGGCGCGGCGCGACCCGCCCUCCAGCGAGCACGACGAGGACGAGCCGCGCCCGCUCUACAGACCCACAGGACGGAACCUCCGGCCGCUGCGCAGGCGGAUGAAUCUGUCCAGAGCAUCAAAAAGGAAAACUAAAGCGACAAACACUAGUUACAGAAAGUCUGUUAUGAAUUUAAGAAGCAGUGGAUUCACCCAGGACAGCGAUAAUGGCGUUCCUCUUUCCAGUAGAGCUGACUACCUGGAUGGCAUGGACUCGAUGACGUUACCAAGCACAAGCACAGGGUACAGGGGCGAAAACACAUCGGCGAUGUUCAGAGUGGCGGCCGAUUCCGACGACCAAUCAGGCAGCGGGUCGUCGUCCCCCGCCAGCGGCUGCGAGGGGCGGCCCGCGCACCGCGUACACGGCUUCGACCUCGACUUCACCACCCCUGGACCCUACAACAUCGGUUCGUACACCAGAAUGGAGGAGUACAUGACGCAAUACAACGGGGAUGAAACGCGCGACUCGCUAAUAGUCGAGCCUCCAGAGUCCGACUCCACCCCGCCACCUUUCGAAACCAGGCACCGGAGAAAAGGUAGGAGAAUGGGAAGGAGUUUGAAAAGGACAGAUUCCAGCGAAUCGCCCCCGCCAAAAGACCAGGCGAUCGUGCCCGAUAGGUUAUCUAAAGAGUAUAAUAACAGGACUAUAGCGCGACUGAUGAACGAGACGAACGAGAGUGAACUAGAGAGCAGUUGCAGCACCGAGGGGAGCAUGUGGCCGGCGCCGGGCUCGCUGGGGACGCCGGACAGCGGCGUGGGCACGGCGGCCGGCAGCACGGAGCGCCGCUCGCAGCCCGCCGGCGAUGUGUCCGAUGACCAGGACUGGCAGGCGCUCAAGCUCCGGCAGCGAGUUAAAAAGGCGAGGCGCAACUAUAGGAAACAUAUGGAGUCUGAUUCUAAUUAAUAUGAAAAGCGUUAAGAUUUUAUUGAGCGUCCAGGAAAUAAAUGGUGACUGAGCAUUUUAAAAAUAUCUAUUGAACGUCGAGGCACUUUAAGAGCAGUGUUGGGAGUGUUGGAACAACCUACGUUCGAUUUUUUUUAUAAAUCAUAAUUAAGCAUGGCCUCAUUAUUCUUAUUGAAAUGUAUGUGAUUACAUCUAUAUUUUUAUUAUAGUUGAAAACUGUGCUCUUGUUUUCGGGCAGAUGAUUAAAACUAAUUUUUCAGUUCUUGUUCAGUUGAUCCAAUCUAACCAAUGUUAAGAGGUGAACAAAACCAAGUUUACUAUGCUGUAACAUUAUUAAGUUGUGUAAUCUCAAACCUAGAGGUUAUUUACAUUUAGUUAUAAAAAAAGUUUGAAAUGAUCGUAGUCAUCGUUUACUUUUACGAGUGCCCAACUCUGUUUUUAAUUAUGAGAACCAAAAACUAUUUUGGGAAAUGGGGCACUCAUAGUUUUCGCCCUGGACCCUUCAAUUGAUAAAUGUAGACACUAUGCGACGACUUUUUUGCAGCUAAUCAGUUUGAGUCAUGAGUCUGACGGGAUUCGGCGUUGAUAUACCCCAUUAUCUUUAGAGCACGUACAAAUAGCAACACUCUUAACUGUACAUCGAUGGACCUUAUUACAAAACGCAUAAGGUCCACCGACAGACUGUUAACAGUGUGGGCGAUGGUAGGCGGAGGUUGCGGUUG